CGCACACGCUCGUGUACACACACACACACUCGCGCGCGCACACAAAUUGGAUACACUUUGAAUAAGCUUUUGGUUCCUUAUCCGGGGACUAGCGCGGCUGGCGUGAUUGGCGCAACGAGUCACAUGGUGAAAGUAACUUUACGGGGUCGCCAGCUAGUAGGAGGGUUUUAUGGAGCAGAAAAACGACAAAGCGAGAAAAAUUAUUUUCCACUCCAGAAAUUAAUGAUCAUGAGCUCGUAUUUGAUGGACUCUAACUACAUCGAUCCGAAAUUUCCUCCAUGCGAAGAAUAUUCGCAAAAUAAUUACAUCCCAGACCACAGUCCGGAAUAUUACAGUCGGACUAGGGAGUCCAGUUUCCAGCAUCAUCAUCAGGAAUUGUACCCUCCACCUCCACCACCACCACCACCUCCUCCUCCUCCUCCACAGCGACCCAGCUACCCCGAGCGCCAGUACAGCUGUGCCAGCCUCCAAGGUCCCGGCAACCCCUCCGCGCAUCCACGGGGCCAUGGACAGCCGCCCGGAGGCCACCAUCUCCCCGAGAAAGCGCAGCAGCUCUGUGACCAAACGGCUCUCUCCAGCGCGGCUACCUCUCCUUCCCCAGCCCCUCCAGCUUGCAACCAGCAAAACCCCGAGCAUCCCAGCAGCACGGCCUCUAAGCAGCCCAUAGUCUACCCAUGGAUGAAAAAAAUCCACGUCAGUACUGUGAAUCCUAAUUACAAUGGAGGCGAGCCUAAGCGGUCCCGGACUGCCUACACCCGUCAGCAGGUCUUGGAAUUAGAAAAAGAGUUCCACUAUAACAGAUACCUGACGAGGCGGAGGCGCAUCGAGAUUGCCCAUUCCUUGUGUCUCUCGGAGAGACAGAUCAAGAUCUGGUUUCAGAACCGGCGGAUGAAAUGGAAAAAAGACCACCGACUGCCCAAUACCAAAGUGAGAUCCACGGCUCCGGCCAAUUCCUCGGCCGGCUCCCUGCCCGCUUCUUCCAACGCGGUUGCUGGCGAAGAUCAUUCGCAGAGCUCAGUUCAGGAGCCACGAGCAGAGGAUAUUACAAGGUUAUAAAACAAACCAACCAACAACAAAAAACGCCCCAUGCAAAUUGACUCUGAUUAUUUAUAGAAUCUAAUAUAUAUAUAUAUAUAUUGGGGGGGGGGGUUCCUCGUAGUUUUCUCGUGCGUCUGUAUAUAUAUAUUUAGGAGAAAGAGAGAGAAAGAAAGAGAGAGAGAGAGAGAGAAAACACAUACAUACACAUACACAAAAGAAUGAGGUCUAUUGGAGAUCUCAAGCUUUAGGUGCAUGUAUUAUUAGCAUGAGAGGCCAGGUGGCAUACCUGUUGGGGGGGUUUUUUAAUCACCAUUUUCAGGGUUUUAUUUAUUUUUUAAAAAAGGAAAGAGAAUGGAAGGAUGGGCUGUGUAUCAGGAUGUGUCUGCAUGGGGAUGUAUGUAUGUAUAUAAGUGUGCGUGUUUGGAUUGGGGAACUAAAUGUUCUGUUUUAGAUGAAAAAUCGGGGCAUAUGCUAAUAAUUAUACAGGCAAGGAAAGAAUGUAAUUAUUUUGCUCUCUGGGUUUACACAUGGAGAACAAAAAAGAGGACCAUUGAAGGCUUCCCUCCCCCUCCUUUUCUUUCUUCUUGUAUAAAUGUGGAGAAAGAUUUUUUAUUUUUUUUUACAAAAGGGGGAUGGCACACGCGAGCUAGUAGAAACUAAUAAAUGUCUGGUUAGUUCAAUGUGAGCAGCAAGAGAUAAGGAGAGCAAGCUAACAGCCAGUUGAAGGGAAAAAUCAGUGGGUAGAUUUUUUAUUUUUAUUUUUGGCUUUUCGUCGUGGUUCUUGUGUUUUUGGACUAAUUUUACAUGAUCAUUGUAAACCUGCAAUAAAUGAGUUUAAGUGUAUAUGUGAAAGUCCCCUUGUUCAAUAAAACAAAACAAAACAAAACAAAACA